AUCUUCAUACUCGCAUUGUCGGCGAGCGAGGCAAUGUAUUGUGAGUAACCACUUUUUUUGGCUUCGACUGAUUUCCUUAAUCCAUCCGUCAUGAAAGCCUUCAUAGGCAAUGACUUCCCGGAACACUUGCUGCUCGACCUUCCCGACAAAAGCUCACAUUAUGGGAUUUCAGGACCUGAGGACGGUGAAGAGUGGGCGACAACUGCAACUUACGGAUUUGGAUACCUGCGUCUGGGCCAGGAGCAAAGACGCUUUGCGCUAUCAAUGUGGCAUCAGCUCCACUGCCUGCGGCUGAUGCGGAUGGCCUUGGACGGAGAUCAUGAUGAAGGCGUUCGAGGGCAUAUGCAGCACUGUCUCACAUACCUCCGGCAGAUGAUCCUCUGUAAUCCCGACCUGACGCUCGAGCCGGCGGAUGUACUCACUCGGAACUAUGAGAUCAGACGAAAGGGUGCUACGUAUGUCUGUAAAGAUUGGUCAAAAGUGUACAAUGCGAUGGAAGAAAAUUAUAACGAUACUAUACAUAGAAAGGUGCAGGGUAUUCAAGGUGGUUGAGAGGCGGAGAGCUGGAAGGUAGCAUGAUGGCCAUGAUGGCCGAUAUUCGAUGAAUUGUCUGGGAAGGGAUCCGGUUUGGAGGAUUUAUAUGAACAACAAUAUAUUUCUGUCUUCAAUUGAAACGAUAUUCGCCCAAAGAGUUGAUGCGAACGCAAGGAAGAU